UUGCUUUAAACAAAUAAUGGUCCAUUGGAAUGAACGGAGAUGACGUGACUCUCUUUAAACGGCUCUGGCUAGUAUGUCCUGUUCCAACCACUGAUUCCAACCUGACGGAAGUGAAAGGAUUGUUUUGGGUUUUGCUUUCCCAAAGUAAGUUGUCAUUAACUCGCUCAUACGUUACUGUGAGGCGACCCACGGAGAGUGAAUCCGUGUAAAUGGCGUCGACAAAUGACCCAUUCCAAUUUCAAGAAUUUGAAGAAGCUGGCAAUCUGUUGGAAGCCAACAGAGAUGCAACCACCAUUAGUAUUGAAGAUGACGAAAUCAAACCCGAGAAGCAGAGAAGAGCUGCUGCUUUCUCUCCUGAUGGUGAUGACGAGGAACCACUGGCCAGUGAUGACAAGACAGAGCUUCUUUCUGGGCAACAGAAAAGUGUCCCCUUCUGGACAUUUGAGUACUAUCAAAGAUUUUUUGACGUCGAGACCCAUCACGUGAAGGAAAGAAUCAUUGGAUCAAUGCUGCCAUGGCCUGGAAAGAAUUUCAUUCAUCUCUACCUUCGUAGAAAUCCUGAUCUGUAUGGACCAUUCUGGAUUUGCACCACCCUUGUGUUUGCUAUCGCCAUCAGUGGAAACAUAUCAAACUUUGUGGUGCACUUAGGCAAACCAAACUACAAGUACACCCCAGAGUUUCAAAAAGUGACGAUAGCUGCAACAGCGAUCUUCAGCUAUGCUUGGUUUGUGCCCCUUGCCCUGUGGGGUUUCCUGCUCUGGAGAAACAACAAGAUCAUGAACUUGGUGUCGUACUCCUUCAUGGAGAUCGUCUGUGUGUAUGGAUAUUCCCUUGCGAUUUACAUACCAGCAGUGGUCCUAUGGAUCCUCCCAUAUGAAUGGCUGCGGUGGUGCACCAUCGUGGUGGCUCUCUGCCUCUCUGGCUCAGUUCUGGUGAUGACUUUCUGGCCUGCAGUGAAGGAUGACCACCCUAAAAUUAUCAUAGCAAUCAUGUCGGCCAUUGUUGUGCUCAACGUCCUGCUUGCUGUCGGCUGUGAGGCUUAUUUCUUCAGCAAACCAGAACAAGCACUACCAGCUGACAUUUCUGCUGCAACAGAUGUGACCAAAGCACCCUCUCCGACAUGAAAGCCUUUAUUUUACUAAAGGUUCUCCGGUUGCCUUAUUAGAGAGAAUUGGGUUGCUGUGUUGAUGAAGUCAUGGGUCGUCUGGAUUUCACCUUCACUCGGACGUUCUGGCUCAAGACCUUAAAACCCAGUGUGCAUUCUCGGUACAACUGCAUGACUGUUGAAAAUGAACACUGGUACCAAGUAUGUUAUUUCUAAUGGGAUGGGUUCUGCAUUUCCUUAAAGAUAAAUGGGGUACGGUGUUACACAGCACAUGAGAUCUCUUGUAGUAUGUUAGCUUUCCGCUUUAUUGUUCUUAUGUUGAAAUAUUUAGACAACCAGUCUGUGCAGUAAUGUUGGUAGCGUUGAAGGCAUUUUGUAUAUGCAUUUUAUUUUAUAUUCAGUUAAUGGGAACAUGUCGGUAUACUUUGUGUAAAAAAUAUUCCGUAUUAACAGCACAACAAUUAUUGGUGGUGUUAAGAUUUUUAAGGGUUGGACUUAUUGUGUACAAAUAGAGUAAUUGUAUUUUCCUCUAACUGAUUUAACCGCAAGUGCCCACAACUAAUGCCAAAGACCCAUUCUAAAUGUCCACGGUAUUUACAAUUUGCAACAGGGUUUUUUUUUUGUUUUUACAUUUUACAAACUGUAGUUGAUCAGAUUUAUGGAUUUUAAAAUGUCCGUUCUCAAUGAUGUUUCAUUGGAAGAAAAUAAAAAAUGGUCUUUGUGGCACCCAACUUUAUUAAUGAAACCAUCGAUAAUAAAGGUGUUAUGACAA